CCGGCGGGAGCGAUGCGUGCGGCUCGCACGCGGGCGGAAGUGCCCGGGACACUUCGGGGGUGGGGGCAUGGGCUUCCCUCUGCCGGGAGGGAAAAACACCACUACUGCGGGGAUUAAUUUAGCCGCUGGCGGCCUCCCGCUGACGCCACGGCUAAUUUGCAUAGAGCUCUUCCGGGUUACGCGGUUUGGAGCGGAGUCUGUGCGUACAGCCAGCCAACCGCGUGUGUAUAUGCAAAGAGCGGCGGGGCUGGAGGCGUGCUGGCCUCUGCGCAUGGUCCUUGCCGCCUUCAGGCGCGCCCUACCCGCAUAUUCGCAGGCCGCCCGCAGGCUAUGUCCGCUGGGCGCGGGCCUGGAUGCUCCCCGAAGGUCUCGCCCUCCAGUCGCGGAGGGCGCCUCACCAAGACUGAUGCCCAGCCGCGAGCGCUCCCGGGCGCAUGGCUCCCGGGGAAACCCGCCUGGCGCCGACCCCCCGACUGUGGUGUCUCCAGGCCCCAGAGCCGGUGUCUGGCGCCCUCCGUGCCAGCCUUCACCCGCACGUCACCAGCCUCGGACCAGGAAGAUCGUAUUUGAGGAUGAGCUGCCCUCCCGGGUCCCCCUGCGCGGCAGGAGACCCGGUACAACUGGACCGUGCGGGCAGACGCUCAGGCCCCACCCAGUGCGCGACUAUGAGCUUAAGUACCCGCCACUGAGGAACGAGAGGGGCAGGAGACGCUAUGUCGCCGUAUUCCAGGACCAGCAUGCAGAACUCCGGAAGCUCCAGCGCGAGGUGGAUGACACUGAAGCCAAGCUACAGCAGCUAGAGAUGCUGCUGCGCUCGCUGCCUCCGCCCCGAUGCCAGGAGGAGGCCCGGGCCACUGCCCGCGUGUGGCGGGAGCUGGAAAAGAAGCGCAGGGACCCUGGCUUCCUGCGCAGGCAGGCACGCUGUUUCUACCUGAAGGGUAAACUGAGGCACCUCAAGAGCCAGAUCCAGAAAUUCGACGACCAGGCAGACAGUGAAGGCUCCGUGUACUUCUGAGGUUCCCAGAUGCAGACACAGAAGGGUGUGACCCUUGAGCUCGCCCAGCCUGGCUACAUUGGCCAGGCAACCGGGUGGGACUCUGGGUCUCUGCCCCAGUGGAACGAAUGUAUGAGAAAUACCUGCUCUGUGCAGUCAUUUCACACCCCCAAUUGUCACCGGAAGCCCGUUCUUCCAUUUUCCAGAGUAGGAAAAAUAAAAAGACCCCAAGAAAGGGCCUUGUUCAGGA